AUGGAUUCAACAACGCCGUUGUCUUCAUCACCAACCCCAAAAACUACAACAAAACAGGAAAAUGGCGGGAAGACGAUACAAAAAACUGCCAGCAAGAUAAACUGCCUGAGUCCUCUGAGUCCAACCUCACCAGCAGCAACAGCAAACGGUUCUUCAUCCUUUAUGAAUGAGGGAGUGGAUGGUGAUUCGGUCUCAUCGACUGGUUCUGGAGGUUCAUCAUCUAAGAGAAAAAAGCACAAAUUUCAAGCGAGGGAUUAUUGUUUGGUUUUUGAAGAGGCUAUCAAGGAUGUAGAGUGCAUGGAUAUAUUUAAAUCAUUUCUGAAGAAUUGUUCAUCGGAGGAGAUGCUUGAAUUUAUACAAGAAUAUGAUAGAUAUGAAAAAGUGUACAAAUUGAAAAAGUUGAGUUAUUUUGUAAGCCCCUUGCGAAGAAGAUCAAUUACUUCUGGUGGGAGUGCUACUAGUGGAGAGAGUUAUCAUUCAAAUGUGACGACAACAGCCAGUUGUGUGAGUAAUGUGAGUGAUUUGUCGGUUGACUGGAAUCAACUCAAGCAAGGUGUGGUAGAAUUGAAAGAGAGUGCUUUGAGUAUUAUUGAUACGUUUGUUUCGAAAGGAUCGAAAAAAGAGAUUAACAUUGGAUCGUUACAGAAACAAUCUUUGGAAAGGUUUGAAGAAAUUAACAAGCAAAUAUUGACGGUAGAUUUAAAAUCAACAACCAGCUCGUCACAAGGGUUAGAGACCUUGUUGAAUGUAUUGGAUUUGUUGAAUCCAUCGAUUUUGUUUGAUGGAAUGGCAUUGGCUAUUUCUACAGAUUUAAAGUUUGAUCAAUUCCCUAGAUUUGUGAGAAGUGAUGCUCUUUUCAAGUUUUUACAAAAGAAGGGAGAAAAGUAUACGAGAUCGAUAGCCAUCAACAUUUCGCAAGGUUACGAGAUUGAUAUUCGUUUCAAACCAAGCGAUUUGGAGGAUAGGAUUAUUGAUGACAAGCUCAUCUAUUUCGGAUUUACAGUAAUGCAGGAUACACCAGAUUGGGAGUUUGUCAAAGUUACUGACCUCUAUCAAUUACAAUUGUCAAAAACAACUUACUUCUUCGAUAAUGACAAGAAAGAAAGUGGUCUAAAAUUGCACAAGACGGUUGCCAUCUUCCCAUUCCCAUUACAAGAUGUUUGGAAUAUGGUGUGUAAUCCUGAAAAUCACUUCAAGUUUGAUCCAAAAGGAAAUGAAGAUUUCAAAGUUAGAGACUAUUUUCCUCCAAAUGAUCCUAUUAUGAAGAAUCCGUAUGCAUUGACAGAAAUUGAAACAGAACCGAAAUUUGGCCCAUUCAUGAAGAGAAGACACUUGCCAUUCAUUUUGUCUACAUUCUAUGAUCAUGGAUUGCAAGGUUACAUUGUUAUCUGCAGAAGUUUUAACGAUGAACCAAAUUAUCCUGACAGAAUUCACUAUGAGGGAUUUAAUUAUUCCAUUUAUUUACCUAUUGAUGACUACCACUGUAGAGCAAUCUUCAUUGACUAUACAGAUAUCAAGUUACCCUUCUCAAAUGGAACACUAUUUGAAAAGGCUACUUACAAGAUUUAUUCUGGAGCUAAGAUUAAGGGAAUGCUAAAAGUAAUGAAAGAUUUGUCUCAAGAUGGAAAGAAGAGAAUUGAAAUGGUUGGAAAUGAUGAAAGAAAUUGGAACAAAUCUGUAGAAUUACACAAAGAACUUUAUCCAGAGAGAUCAUGGUACAAUGAAUGGCAACGAUUGAAAAAGUUCUAG